CGUUACAAUCAAACGCAGCCAAGCAAGGCACAAGACUCCAACUCCGCAAUAUCCUGAAUCUAAGGAGCAGCAGCAGCCGCCAUGGCAACCACCCUAACAAUGGCCAGGCUCCUCUCUUCCGCCAAAUCACUUUCUUUCUCUUCUUCCGCAUCUGCCCUUUUCCCACCCGCCUCCCUCUCCCUCAAACUCCGCCACCCUAAGCCCCUCAGAUUCUCCACCGCCAUAUCCGCUACCAUCGCCGUCGGUGACAAGCUCCCAGAAUCCACCUUCUCCUACUUCGACUCCGCCGGAGAGCUCCAGACCACCACCGUCUCCGACCUCACCAAGGGCAAGAAAGCCAUCCUCUUUGCCGUCCCCGGCGCCUUCACCCCCACUUGCUCCCAGAAACACCUCCCCGGCUUCGUUGAAAAGUCCGGCGAGCUCAAGUCCAAAGGGGUCGAAACCAUCGCCUGCAUUUCCGUCAACGACGCCUUCGUCAUGAAGGCUUGGAAGGCCGACUUGAAGAUCGAGGACCAAGUGCUCCUGUUGUCGGAUGGAAAUGGGGACUUCACCAAAGCUAUUGGGUGCGAGCUCGAUCUCAGCGACAAGCCUGUGGGUCUGGGAGUGAGGUCGAGGCGUUACGCCAUGUUGGUGGACGAUGGAGUUGUCAAGGUCUUGAAUUUGGAGGAGGGCGGUGCGUUUACGUUCAGUGGCGCCGAGGAUAUCCUCAAACUUCUCUGAUUUGGUUACCAGUUGUUUCUCGGUUUUGUGAUUUCAGGUCUUGAAUUCACGUUGUUGGAUUGCUUUUGAUAAUAAAUUUUUCUGCAUUUCGAGCAAUGCUAAACCAUGGUUUUGAAAUCUAUAUGUCUUUCUUGAUCAAUUAA